AACUUACUGAAUGCGAGGGAUCGCCGAGCCGGGACCUAGGCACCUCUAGUUACCAUGGAUAACCUGGAUGCACUUCUCAAAGAGACGGAGCUGCUUGCACGGCACAUGUCCACAUACCAACAUGAGUUACCGCCUGAUCUAGAUUCUGAUACAAAAGUCAGCGAGGAAGCUAAGAAUGAGUUGAUACAGGAGUGUGAAGACCUAUGGACAGACAUGAAGCAGUGCCAGAACAAGCUCAUGGUUCUAGAUGCAGAAAAAUUACCAGAGUCAGAUGUGCAGCUGCAUCUACUCAUGCUGAAAGUAAAGGCACUAACAGCAGAAUGUGAACAGUGGCAAAAUAAGACACCAGACAUAAUCUCCCAGAACCAGGAUAUUCUGCUAGCCGCUGGAAAAGAAGAGCUGAAAUCAACAGAUCAGGAACUUGAAAUGAUGCUCUCCAACGUCCGAGCCAAGAACAAGAAACUGAAGAGUGAUCUGGAGAAAGAAGAACGCUGGUUGGAUGAACAGCAGAAGUCAGUGCAUGCCCUCACAGCCAAGCUAGAGGAGCUGAAGAAUCAGGCAUCCAGUAUUUCCCAAAGCAGCAUACAUGAGAAGCUAAAAACUAAGCUUCAGAAAGUGGGAGCCUACAAGGAUGAAUUAUUAGCUGCACUUGGAGACUUUCUAUCGGAAAACUUCCCUCUUCUGGAGGAACAGAAUGACAGGGUGAAGAGGAAAAAGGGUGCGGCUGAAUUACCACAAGUGGAAUGGACACCUUUAGCAGAUAUUUUAGAGACCCUCAUCAGCAAAGUUAUGGAUUCUCCCCAUGAUCCUUACAUUAGAGUUAAAGAAGAAUUUUGGCCUCCUUAUAUUGAAAUGUUACUCCGAUAUGGAAUUGCACUGCGCCACCCUGAAGAUGCAAACAGAAUCCGUCUAGAAGCCUUCCACCAGUGACCCGGUUUUCCAAGCCUGGAAAAAACUGAAAGCUGUUCUCUUCGGCUGCUCAAG